AUGGCCCGCGUGUGGCUACAGCUUGUUAUGUGCAAGGCAGCGGCAGCAGCAGCAGCAGCAGAAUCGGCGCAUGACCAGCAGCAGCAGCAGCAACAGCAGCAGCAGCAGCAAGUGCAAGCACCUAGUGCACAGCAGCAGGAAUCUAAAAAGCUGCUGAAUCUGCAGCAAUCGCAGCAGCAAGAGGCACAGCACCAAGGUUCUCAGCAACAGCAGCAGCCGCAGCAGCAGCGAGAGCAAGAGCAACAGCUGCUGCAGCAGCGCCAGCAGCAGCAGCAGCAACAACAACAAGAGCAACAGCUGCUGCAGCAGCGCCAGCAGCAGCAGCAACAGCAAGAGAAACAGCUGCUGCAACAGCGCCAACAGCUGCAGCAGCAGCAGCAGCAAGAGCUGCAGCAGCAGCAACAGCAAGAGCUGCAGCAGCAGCAGCAACAACUGCUGCAGCAGCAGAUGCAGCAGCAGAAACUGCAGCAGCAACUGCAGCAGCAGCAGCAGCAACAGCAGCAGCUGCAGCAGCAGUUGCUGCUGCCGCGUGUGAAGGAAGAGCCUUCACAGCAAGCUGCUGGGCCCGCAGCAUUCUCCGCAUUACUUUCUGCAGCAGCAGCAGCAGCAGAACAAAAGGCAGCUGAGCAGCCAGGAGCAGCAACAGUCCAGAUGGAUGGAAGAGCAGCAGCAGCAGCAGCAGCACAAGUAGCACGCGAGCCAGCCGAAGCGGCACCAGACGCGGCAGCAGCAACGGCAGCAGCAGCAACCGUAGCAGCAGCACAUGCAGCAGCAGCAGAAUUGGAGGCGCUGCAGCAGCACUUGAGCUGCUGCAGCGGCCGCCCUGGUCUCUCGUUUGCUGCUGAUAAGGGACAAUGGAUCAUCGACACAGUUAGGGCCCUGCCUGCUGCUGCUGCUGCUGCUGCUGCUGCUGCAGCAAACAGCAGCCUCCUCACUUUCAGCGUGCACACCCUGGGGUGGCAGGGGGCCCGAGCUGCUGCUGUUCGCUGCUACGACGAAUUGGCAGCAGCAGCAGCUGCUGCAGCAAAGACAGCAGCGACAGCAACGGCAGCAGCAGCAUCAGCGACUGCAGCAGCGGGUGCUGCUGCUGUUGAGCCUGCGUGCAGCAGCAGCAGCAACUGCAAGGACGGUUCUGCUGCAUUUGCUGCUGGUGAGGCAGCAGCAGCAACAGCAGCAGCAGCUACUUCUCCCUCAGACGCAGCCACGAGCCCAGCAGCAGCAGCAGCAACAGCAGCAGCAGGUACAGCAGCUGCAGCAGCAGGGAUUAAACAGCAGAGGGGAGGUGGGGGCGGGCGGCAGCAGCAGCAGCAGCUGCCAUCUCUUGAGGAGCUGCUUGCUGCAGUGCAGCGAGUAGAUGUCCCCUGCGAACCAGCAGCAGCAGCAGCAGCAGCAGCAGGUAGGCGCCAGCUUUCCCACAGCCUCAGCGGCGAAGCGCUGCCUAACAGCAGCAGGAGCAGCAGCAGCAGCAGCAGCAGCAGCUGGACAAUACAGAAUCUGUUUAGGCCGCACCUCCGCUUCAGCCGCAGCACAGCAGCAGAUGCAUUUAAGGGGGGCGCGUGGAGACUUGAGUGGCUGCAGCCGCGGCAGCAGCAGCAGCAGCAGCAGCAGGGUCAGCAGAUUGAAGCAGCAACAGCAGCAGCAGCAGAGCCGCAGGAGCUGCAGCAGCAGGUGCAGCAGCUGCUGCUGCAGUCCCUCGCGCUGCAGCGGGAGUGCAUCAGCAGCAAAGGCAGCAGGAAGCAGCUGCCGCAGCAGCUGCAGCAGCUCGAGCAGCAGCCGCCCAAAAACCCCAAACCCUAG